AAUCUGUAUUGGCAAAUGUUUGGAAAAUUACAUAUUCAAACAAUUAAUAUCUAGGGGCAUAUGUAUCAGUGUAGAGGUUCAUCUCUAAAAAAAAGUUUAAUUUGCUGCAGUUUCAUUGACUAAACAUUUACAUGAAUCAAUAUUCUGAUAUCAGCAUUUAAUCAAAUGAAAGUUAAAGGUUCUGUUUAGAAUGAAGUUGAAUUCACCUAAACCCAUGAAAUCUGAAGGUGUGCAGAAGAUUGCUGAAAAAUAUGAGUUCAACAUAUAGAUUUGAUCUGAAUGUUGCCCUGUUGUUGAUUUUUGUUUAGAUCUUUCUGUAUGUUGACUAUCGAUUGCAUAACAUUGCAUGCAAAUGUCUAUGGAAGCUCGACUUUGAUCUCCAACUAAAUGAUCAAACAAAGCAUGGACGCAUUAGUUUAAAUUUUGCCUUCAAAACUGAGACUUCUGGAGCUUAUUUCCCGCAACAUCCAGUGUUCCAUAUAAGGCAUGUCCCAGGUGAGCUCCUCCCUACAACACUUUUGGGCGUCUUACGGCUGCACAGGUGCUGCUGCAUGGAUCCGUUUUUUCGAGCACAACGAAAUGUAAGCCUAUUCGCAAUUGAUAUGGGGGGACGUAAAUUGACCCUGGAGGGUCAGACAAGAGGAAAUCCCAACACUUUCCCCUUCGGUUUGGAUGAAUUUUGCGUCGAUUCGGUCACUACCUGCUUCUCUCAUAACGCAGACAAACGUUGCGUCCCCAUCGGUCUCAGCCUUCUAUCUGCGCUGUUUUUACUGCUGUCAUGCUUUCUCUUCGUGUAUCAGAGGUGCACAUUUCGAGGAGAAAAUCCAGGAGGAACCAUCACUUUCCUCUACAGCUUCCUCGGUAACCUGUGCAGCACAAUCGGAGCCAUUCUGUCCAGACAGCUGCAUAUUCAGGUUUUGAUGGGUGCUUUUGCUGCUGCUAUGGAUGCUGUUAGUUUUAUUUCUUGCUGCUGCCAUGUGCUCCUGAACUGGAACUCAAAGGCAGGCAGGAGGCUGAGGAUGAUGAGAGGGCGGAGGAGGCAGCACCUCCUUGCCGUGUGUGUGCUGAUGGUAGUUGCGGGAGGCUUUUUGAAAUCCAGGGUGACCCAUUUACCAGCAGUGAGGCCUCUCAUUGGCAGGAGGAGACUGCUGCAUGCCACCCUCCAAGACAACACUGAAGUCCUGGGUUACGUACUUGGCCUGCUGUCCUGUGUCAUCGCCUGUACCUCCAGGUUCCCUGCUCUCUGCAGAGCAUACAGAGGGCAGAUGUUGACCUGGGCCUACAUAUUCUCUGGACUGCUGUGCUCGCUGUCUGGUGCCCUCUACGCUGCUGCCAUACUCCUCUACGACACUCAGUUUGGCUUUCUCUUAAGAGUCAUGCCGUGGCUGCUGUCGGCAAUAUGCUGUGUCAUCAUGGACCUUCUUAUUCUUGUCGUCCACUGGUGGAGGAGAGGAGCCACGCAGAAGUUUACCAUUCUUUCUCCAGACAAAGAGAGCCUUUUAAUUGGCUCCCGCAUCCUCACUGAGGAUAACGCUGUCAUGAAGAGACAAGGAAAACGGCAAGCUUAUUCGUCAGCAGGGACAAAAACAAAAAAUAUCCAGAAGAUGACUGAGAUGGGUGGUUAUAUGGAUGUCACAGUUCAACCUGCGGGGAAAAUAUGCCUUAAGGAGGUGAUGUCCGAGGAGAUGGAGGACCGGUCUCUCAACCAGACGGUGCGAGUGAUCAGAGUCGACAGUUUCUGCUCCUCAGAUACAUCCUGUGACUCUUCACCAGUCAGCUCUGACCUGGAGGUGGGUUGGAGGCCUGUUUAGCC